AUGGGUACUUGUAUGUCAACACAUGCAAGAAGAGUUAGGCCACGAAGGAAAGGCCGUCGCAGAUUCUCCAAACACUUUUCUAAAGUGUCUGAUAUAAUCCCUCAUCAAAAUAUUAGACGAGCAAGUGAUGUUGGGACCCGAACCUCUUUUGAUAUUUCUCAAAAUGAUGCAUGGUUUGAUUCUUUAAGUAUUUUCUCUGACUCAGAUGAUGACUUUGUCAGCUUACAUGAAGCUGAUAAUGUUUGGUCAGAUGGUCAAGUGGUUCAGUUUGAGACAUCUUCAUGUAUUGUUGAUGGGAAGGGAAAUUACGAAGAAUACCGUGAAAGUUACUUGAAGAUUGAUGGUGGUAGUAAAACCGAAAAGUUUAUGUGCAAGCAGAAACUAUUGGACCAUACUUAUGGAAGCUUUAAUGGUUUGAAGGAACAAAAAAGCAACUCUCAAGAGAAAACAUUGAAAUCCAAUUUGAGCCGGUUGUUGCCAACGGUUAGUUUCAACGACAAGACUUUAAACUCACCCACAUCUCAGAAACGAAAGUCUGCGGUUUACCGGCUUUCAUUCAAGAGGAGAUCAUGUGAUGGUGAAGAAGUUACCGAACAUAGGUCGUCCAAGAGAUUAUUGUACUGUCCAAAAGCGGGACUCACCAUUCCUUGUUUCGCCAAAGAGAAGCAGCAAUCCUCAGGAAGUUGGUGUGAGAUACCACCAUCAAACUUUAAACUACGUGGCGAAACAUAUUUCAGAGAUAAACGGAAAUCCCCGGCUCCAGACCAAUGUCCAUACACUCCAAUUGGUGUUGAUUUGUUUGUGUGUCCAAGGAAGAUUGAUCAUAUAGCCCAACACAUUGAGCUUCCCAACAUUAAAGCCGAGGCAAAGCUCCCUGCUCUUCUGAUUGUCAACAUUCAGCUGCCAACUUAUCCAGCCGCAAUGUUUCUCGGCGAUAGUAAUGGAGAAGGCAUGAGCAUUGUACUUUACUUUAAAUUACGAGACAAUUUUGAACAAGAAAUCUCUCAACAAUACCAAGACAGCAUCAAGAAACUGGUGGAAGAUGAGAUGGAGAAAGUUAAAGGGUUUGCAAAAGAUAAUACUGUUGCGUUCCGUGAAAGGCUUAAAAUCAUAGCCGGGUUAGUUAACCCAGAGGAUCUUAGUCUUAGCUCAACUGAAAAGAAGCUUAUACAAGCUUACAAUGAAAAGCCCGUCCUUUCACGUCCUCAACACAACUUCUUCAAGGGUCCUAACUACUUUGAGAUUGAUUUGGACGUUCAUCGGUUUAGCUACAUUUCAAGAAAAGGACUCGAAGCGUUUAGAGACCGACUUAAAGAUGGAACUCUUGAUCUCGGCUUAACUAUCCAGGCUCAAAAACAAGAAGAAUUACCCGAAAAAGUCUUAUGUUGUCUAAGAUUGAGCAAGAUUGACUUCGUUGACAAAGGUCAAAUUCCAACUCUUUUAAUCCCUGAAGAAGGAGAAUCUCUUGUUUAA